AUGAUUCUCUUCGAAACCAGCACUUCCGUCUUCGAACUCCUCUGGGACAUAGCCCUAACCCUCUUCAUCCUCCGCAUCGCCUUUGUCUACUUCCUCCUCACCUUCCUCUCCGGCCUCUUCCUCGCCUACUUCCGCUUCUCCACCCUCCAACCCAUCAAUCAUCUCACAGUGCCCCAAGCAGAGCUCGUGACCAUGCCCUUCUGGCUCCUCUUAAUCACACUCUGGGCCCGCUGGACCAUCGUGGCCUACGAAGUCCCUCGCGUGAGAGGAUUCCGGAUCGCAAUCGGCGGCGUAGCUUUGGGAUUUCUGGUGAUUGCGGAAUUGGCGGGUGGGAUAGUGUUGUAUGAGAGGGGCGUGACGAAGUGGGUUUGGGAAACGGAUCCACUGGCUGCGGGGAUGGGGUGUCUGGUUUUGGGACUUUUUGGGUUGAUGCCGGCGCUGCUGAUGGUUUUUGAGGGCGAGACGGAUGAGAUGGGUGAGACGUCUCAUGGGCAUGAGAAGAAAUCUGUGGCGGCUGCUGUGUGA